GCUACCUACAGACACCUUCGGCUGUAUGCAAAUCAGGCGGAAGAACCAGAACGUCCGGUCUGUGGAAAAGUCGCUUCCGACAUUCCCUAUCCCUCCCACCACUGAUAUCUGAUAAAUAAUCCACCAAACAAGAACAUCUGGGGAAUUAUUACCUGUAAAAAGCGUCCGGAACCAACUUUCUUCAAUACGGGGACACCUGACAAUACGAACUCAAGACGGUCUACACUUGGUAGCAAUCCAGAGCUGAACAACAGGGAGCAAAUGAGCGAAACAAAACGCUAAGAAAGACACUCGGAGAAAGAGAGAGAAAAAAGAAAUCCCCACACGGUUUCCGACAUGUCGUCGCGGUCUGUGAACUCCGUGUCCUCGGACUCGCGCGGUUCCAGCCUGCUGUGCAGCGCGCUGUGUGCCAAGCUGGUCCGGACCAAGAACAUGGGGCUGGACGCGCUCUCCACGCCGCUCAGACGGUGCCUGUCUACCCUGGAACUCACGCUGCUGUCUCUGGGCUCCAUGGUUGGCGCGGGUCUGUACGUGCUGACGGGGACCGUGGCGCACGACAUCGUCGGGCCGGGCAUCGUGGCCGCCUUCCUGUUGGCCGGGGUGGUCGCCCUGCUGUCCGGACUGUGUUACGCCGAGUUCGGGGCCAGGAUUCCCAAAGCAGGUUCUGCCUACGUGUACACUUACGUCACCGUGGGCGAGCUGCUGGCUUUCGUCAUCGCCUGGAACAUGAUCCUGGAGUACGUCAUCGGCGCAGCCGCGGUGGCGCGUGCCUGGAGCGGGUACGUGGACUACCUGGCCGGGUACAAGAUCUCCAACUGGACCAACUCGCACCUCAGCAUGGGCAACAUCCAGCCGUUCGCAGACAGUCCCGACCUGGUCGCCUGCGGGCUCAUGCUGCUCGUCAUGCUGUUUAUAGGGUUAGGGGCGCAGGUGUCAGCCCACCUGAACACUAUCCUGACUCUGGUGAACAUGAUGGUGGUCGCCUUUAUCGUGUGCUCCGGACUGUUCCUGGUGGACCUGCACAACUGGAUGGACCACGGCGGGUUCAUACCGAACGGAUGGAAGAGCGUCAUGCAGGCUGCGUCUUCCUGCUUCUUCGCCUUUGUUGGGUUUGACGUGGUGGGAAAUGUGGCCGAGGAGGUGCAGGAUCCCGCGCGGGGCAUCCCGGUAGCCAUCUGUGUCUCGCUGUUUCUCGCGAUAUUUGCGUACACGGGAGUGUCCGGGGCUCUGACACUGAUGGUGCCAUGGACCGACAUCAGCCCCAAGUCUGCACUGCCUUCAGCUUUCAAGAUGCGCGGCUGGGGGUGGGCCGGUACCAUCAUCGCUGUAGGAGCUCUGUGCGCCAUGUCUGCGUCACUAGUGACGUCACUGUUCGCCAUGCCACGGUGUGUGUACGCAAUGGCCGCGGACGGACUGUUCUACCACUCAUUCGCUAAGGUUAACGAGAGAACACAGACCCCGGUACUUGCCACCAUUGUGUUCGGUACUCUGGGCGCCAUCACGACCAUGCUGUUCAACCUGCGGUCGCUAGUGGAGUUCAUGUCGAUAGGAACGCUCCUAGCGUACACCGUUGUCGCUGCAAGUCUCAUCGUCACAAGAUACCAGUCCCACUUUCCUCACGAAGUCGCCGGGCUGGAGAUGAUCCCGCCGUGGUUCGAGAGGCUGGAGGACAGCGAGGAGGCGACCAAAGCCCGCGCGCGGCGGAAGAAGCAGAAACCCGGCCGGCUGAAGGAGUCUUUCUACUUCCUGGGGUUCCUGAACAGGUACGAGCCCGGGCACGCCGUCACCACCGCUGUUCUCAUCAUGGCCAUGUUCCAAGUGGGGCUGGCGAUCGUCUUGUUCUACGGUAUCGAUGCUAUUCAGCAGCAGAAGUGGUGGGCGCUGACGGGAGUGACCGUGUUUUCUGUCGGCUUCUUCCUGUCUCUCAUCGUCAUCGGGGCGCAUCAACAGAACAGGAACAUCAUGACGUUUAAGGUCCCGUUCGUGCCCCUGUUUCCCGCCAUCUCCAUGUUCUGUAACAUCUACCUGAUGAUCGCCCUCCAGCCGAUGACCUGGGUCCGCUUCGGGGUCUGGAUGAUCAUUGGUUUCCUGGUGUACUUCUCGUACGGAAUCCGGUACAGCCGCGCGCAGGGUCCGGACUCCGGACCGCAGUCUCCCUACCUCAUCGUGCCCAAGCGCAAGAUGUACAAGCGGAGUGACGUCAUCAGGGUCAGCCAACCGCCGUCAUAUAUCAAUGACCGUCGCCAGUUAGGAGAGGAGGACAGCCUGAUUCCCGGCGGCGGUUCCGACUCGGAUUUCCCGCUGUCAACUUACGGCACCCGCUCGCCGCCACCCUCGGGCAUGUACGACAGCGAACCCACGGAGACCACCCGGCCCAGGACGGGCAGACAAAGCAGACCGGAAGACUCCGAGGGGAGCGAAGUGGAGGGAGAAGCGUCAGAAGACGAUAUACUUACAGUAGGGUCCCGGAGAGGGUCCCGGAGAUGACGACAUAGUGAUGUCACAAGGACAAAGAUGUAGCUUACAGUUUAGUCUCUAUUUGGCCAAUAUCUAGGCUUUCCAGCCAACUCCCGAAGCCUGGUAGAGGCUAAUCACAGUUAACUGUCAUAAAGUACUGUAAAUACUUAUGAAUUUGCUCUGUGAGUAACCUUUGCAACGCAAUACAUGUAGCAUUCAAUGUUUCUUAAGUAACGUUAUACCAGAUGCGGUGUACUAAUAUUGAAAGAAAAAGGUUUCGCACUACUUACUAGUAACUUAUAUGGGAUUUUUGUGGAACGGUACGUUUGCUAGCUGUAUUCACAGGGCCGAAGAACUCAUUACGAGAAAGCUAAAUUUAAAGGUGAGUUAUUGGAAGAAACCGAUAAAGCAAGGACGUGAAGCUUUUAGAAAGCCGACCGUAUAUCUGG